UACCGCUACACUGCCACAGUCUGCUCCGCCCUACUACUCUUGUCAAACGGCGCACAUCGCCAGUCUGCCUGCAUAUACACACACUCGGAACUGCUACCUAAGCGCCUGCCUCGAGCCCACAGAUUGUUUGAUCAGCGGCAUAUCACAUAGUCGGACGUCCCAUACUGCUCCUCGGGCCUUUCGCACGUUUCCUGUAAGAGCAGGUGAACUCGCCAGCCAAGCAAGGCCACUUAGCCUCACCAACAUAUAUACCCCACAACCACACUAGCCCCCAUCGCCUCUCCUCUACACUUCACCAUGGAUAGUCAGGGACUCAGACGGAAGGACACCACAAAGGGUCCUCCCUUGCGUAUCCUCUCCCUUGAUGGAGGAGGAGUCAGAGGCUACUCCAUGCUUAUCCUCUUACAAGAACUCAUGCACCGCACCUUCGUCGAGAUUGAAGGCAGAGCACCGAAGCGACACGAGACUCCUAAGCCAUGCGACCACUUCGACCUCAUCGCUGGUACCGGUACUGGCGGCUUGAUCGCCAUUAUGCUGGGACGCUUACGGCUUGAUAUCGAGACGUCAAAAGAUGUAUACGUACGCAUGACGAAGAGAGUGUUCGAGACAGACAAGACAUUUGCAGGCAUACCGUAUAGAAGCACACUGUUCAAAGCCUCGAAGCUAGAAGACGCUAUAAGGGACUGCGUGCGUGAGCAUACCAUAUCGGAACAUGAGGGAAAUGAUUCACAUGCUGCGGAGUCGUCCAUGGACCUCAAGUCUCCAUUGACUCCUGGAACCUCCAUAGCGCCGCACAGGAGUCCCAGCAGCUCAAGCCGCUACAGCCAGAUUGGAUCAACGCCUGUCAACCCGCGAGGCCCGUAUGGGUCCAUGCGUUUUGGCAAUCCAAACGCACUAUUAUACGAUUCGAGGGAAAACAGGACCAAGACUGCAGUCACAGCGGUCUACAAGGGCACUCCGAAAAGCGGAUCUUCCACAAUGCUGCGGUCCUACGACUCCCGGAAAGAACCGGCGCCGGAAUUUAACUGCACAAUCUGGCAAGCUGGAAGAGCUACUGCAGCUACUGGUCUGGCCUUCAAGCCCAUACAAGUUGGCCAACAUGUUUUCAUCGACGAGGGGGCAGGAAAGUACAACCCGGCUCCUCAAAUUCUUGACGAGGCCGUCCAAAACGAGUGGCCUGGCCGCGAAGUCGGCGUAUUCAUAAGUAUCGGCACAGGCAAACGACCGAAAGGCACAAACCAGCAACAACACCUGUGGUGGGAAGGGUUUGUGUCGAGUGGUAUGGGUGACUUUGCAGAGGCCCGUCGCCGUCUGAUUGCCAAAAUCGAAGGCUGCGAGGAAACUCACCAGUACAUGCUGAAAGAGCACAUCUCGAAGCGCAACGUCAAUCCUGAGAACUACUAUCGUCUCAACGUCGAGGUGGGCGUCGGUGAAUUUGGCAUGAACGAAUGGAACCGUCUCGCCGAAAUCAGCACGAAUACUCGCAUGUACCUGGCCCGCAGCGAAGUCCAGAACAUCAACCUCGACGCAGCUGGCAAGAUCGCGCGCAUCCACCGCGCAAAGCUGCGCUGGGAGCGCCAACUCCGAGCUGGCGGCGACCCAUCCAUGCGUAUGCAAAUGUCCUCGUCCAACGCACAAUACACCUCUCCCUCAAACCCAAUGGCUGUGGAGCUCCCAGCCGACGACAUCCCAUACAACCCCUCCGACUACCUCACCCCUUCCAACGCAAGCACCUUCUCCUACCCCUCCUACCCAGACGACAAAAUCGCCAUCUCUUCCGCUGACGACGCCCACGACGACUCCUCAUACCCACAACCCCUCUACGUCUCCCACCACCCGCCGUCUCGCCCCAGCGCAGACUACCCGCAAAUGAACCCCUACCGCCGCUCCCACGACCAGUUCCCCUCCGGCUCCGAACGGAGCUACAAUCCCAGCCCCCGCAGAAGCGCAGAUGUCCCGCGUACCCCACCGCCGUUGCCGCCUAAGAGCCCGAUUCGCAAUCCGGGCAGUCCUGUGCCGCUCGUGCCUCCUGGUCUUGGUGCUGGUGCUGCCUUGCCGUAUCCCGAUACCGAUGGUCCGCCGCCUGUCAAUAUGGCUCGGAAGCCGGAGUAUGGCGUGCGGUGAGGGAUUGAGGGAGAGAGAGAGAGAGAGUAUGUGUGUUUUUGCGUACGUAGAUGUGCGAAUUGGGCGUUCUUUUUUUGGCGAUUGAGUAAUUGGCGUUUAGAUUGGGGCCAUUGAGUGUCCUGGAGCGCGCGCGUACGUGUGCGUGUUUAUGAGUCUGUGAUUUGUUUUAUUUUUAUCUUUUUUGAGAUAUCCCCUCACGUUGGCGUGGCGUCGAUCUAUCUUGUUUUGCAAAAGCGGGGAAACACAAUAUUCAGAUCAGCGAGAGCAAGAGCAAGAAGCAUGCAUCAGAAGUUUAAUGCAUUGUCACGAAUUCCCGGGUAAUAUUCGUCUAGCAUUUACGUAGUAGUAUGUGUGCAUGGCUGUUUGUAUGUUCUCGCACAGACUGCAAAAUAACAGAGGCACGACCAUGAUAUACCGGUUUAUUUUCCAAUAAUAAUUAUAGCUUCGUUGGAUUCUACCCAUUCGUAGGUAAAGAUAUG